GGGGGCGACCGCCCCCCGCCCGCGCACAGCCCGCGGGCCCGCACCGCUUGACGCUACGCCAGGCCCGGCCGGCGGCCAGGCCAAAACCGUUGCCAAAGACACUGCACUGCACCGACCUGUUCUCCUGCCCCGGGCCAGGGUCCGUCGGGGGUCCCGUGUGUACACCACAAUGCUCUCGUACGGCCGCAAGAAGCUCAAGAACACAGCCAUCAGCUACGUCGACAGCUACGCCCCGCUGGGGCUCACGCUUGGCGACCUCUCGGCGUCCCUCCGAGUCGAGGACGGGGACGGGGACGGAGACGGGGACGCGGAGGCCAGGAGGGUCGGGGCCGUCGCCAGGGACACAGACACGGACCCAGACGACGCCUCGGAGCUCUACGACAGGGUCACGGCCCGCAUGCUCAACCGGCGCAGAAGCAAGCUGGCGUCCCGGGCCUCGGAAGACGUCUCGAGCAACCCCGGCUCGGACACAGACGCGGAGCUCUCGGACGGCGGCGGCGGCGCCAGCGACAACGACGACGACACCACCAUCGAGUUCGUCAUCCCCUCGCAGGCCGUGUCUCUCUCCGACACCGACGACUCCUCCAUCGUCGACCUCGACGCCUUCUCCCGCGGCAUCACCCUCCUCAGCAUGGCCCUCAACAACGAGCUCAUAGUCAAGAACCCGAAAAACAUCCGCAAGUUCACCGGCCAGGCCGUCGCCCACAUCGUCAACAGCAUCCUCGACCCGGAAACUCUCCAGGCUAUCUUCGCCUCUCUCUCGGACGAAACGAAGCUCCAGAUCCUCAAGUACUACCUCUCCGACGACCUCCUUGUCGACCGCCUGAAGUCCGACCAGGGGCUUCACCUCCCCGGCAACCCCACACCGCCCUCCUCCGCCGCCUCCUCCGCCGCCUCCUCUUCCGCCUCUUACAUUUUCCACCGCCGCAGCUACUCCUCCCCACGCCCCCGCAAUGCCGACCACACCCUCGACCAGCUCAUCAUCAGCCUCCUCCAGGCUUUCUACACCUUCUCCCUCGUCCUCUACACCCGCUUCGGCAUCCCCCUUCUCAACCUCCUCUGGAAGUUUGUCCGCACACUCAACGAAAACUACAAGCUUUUGGACAUCGCCAAGGCCCUCACCAUACGCGUUCUCGCACUCAUCAUCAACCUCAUACUCAAGCUCGUUGUCCACUCCACCAACAUCGUCCAGGAGAGCACUCUCGUCGCCAUGUCCGACUCCUCCACCCCGUUCUCCGCCGCCUUUGCUGCCUCUUCCCCCUCCUCCGCAUCCUCCUACACCUCCUCCUCGGCUGCAGGCACCGCUGGCAACUACGCCCGGGACGCCUUUUUCGCCGUCGUCCAGCAGGGCUUUGUCAGAGCAACCCAGAAGAGACACUCUUCAACGACAACCCCGGCGCCCGAGCAAGCAUAGCUAUCUAUCGGAUCCCAUAGUCCGACCAAACGCGUGCCCCCAUGCACCCCUCCUUUUUUCGCACCGCGUCUCGUGUCGCAAGCAAUUUUCCCAGGUCCUGCUUUGAUCUUGUUAUUACCACUCUCGGAUUGUUCUGGCGGUAUCAACAUCGUCUUCGUCAUCUGGGCCUUGUCUCCGUAUGGGUCUUCUCUGCCUCUGACCUUUUCUGUUUAUUGUUCCUCCUUCUCUCUUUCCCAUUUCUCUUUCCCACGGACACUUACCAU